CAUACUGAUCAAUUGACCUGCUGAGUGUGUUGUGGAUGGAAACAGAAGUGCUCAAAGCUGAAAGGCGAUAAAACGGUUGUUGUCAGCUCGUCCUGUCGCGCAACUCGUAACUAUUUACUAUAUUUUAGCAUUUCUGACAAAGCAGCUAGCAGAGCGGUUGAACAGGCACGACAGUAGACUGUGCAGAUGGCGGCUGUGAGCAGCAUGAACAAAAUGUAUGGAGUGUGUUUCCACGCUGUUCGUCAAACGGCAGGACUGAAGGCAUCAAGGCUGCUUCAACACAGAGCCUUCAGAGUCAGUGCUGUGCACCGGCAGCAGCCCUUUGACUCAUCGCUGGAAAAGCCACAGUUCCCUGGAGCCUCAGCUGAGUUUGUGGAUCAGCUUGAGUUCAUCCAGCCCAAUGUCAUCUCUGGCAUCCCAGUGUACCGGGUGAUGGACAGGCAAGGAAAUAUCAUCAACCCCUCUCAAGACCCUCAGCUCUCCAAAGAGACUGUUUUGAACUUUUACCAGAAGAUGACUCUGCUGAACACAAUGGACCGCAUUCUUUAUGAGUCUCAGAGACAGGGUCGGAUCUCCUUCUACAUGACCAACUAUGGUGAGGAGGGGACACAUAUUGGUAGUGCUGCUGCUCUUGACCCAAGUGACAUGGUCUUUGGUCAAUACAGAGAAGCUGGAGUGUUGAUGUACCGUGGUUUUCCUCUGGAUCUGUUCAUGGCUCAGUGUUAUGCCAACGCUGAUGACCUUGGCAAGGGUCGGCAGAUGCCUGUCCACUACGGCUCCAGAGACCUGAACUUUGUCACCAUCUCCUCUCCUCUGGCCACUCAGAUUCCUCAAGCGGCUGGAGCUGCAUAUGCAGUCAAGAGAGAAAACAUGAACCGUGCUGUAAUCUGUUAUUUCGGAGAGGGAGCAGCCAGUGAAGGGGACGCACACGCUGGCUUCAACUUCUCUGCCACCCUUGAGUGCCCACUGAUAUUCUUCUGUCGAAACAACGGCUACGCCAUCUCUACCCCCACCAACGAGCAGUACAGGGGAGAUGGCAUUGCUGCUCGAGGUCCAGGUUACGGUAUGCUGUCCAUCCGUGUCGAUGGCAACGAUGUGUUUGCUGUGUACAAUGCUACAAAGGAAGCUCGCCGCAGAGCUGUGGCUGAGAACCAGCCCUUCCUCAUUGAGGCUAUGACCUACAGAAUUGGCCACCACAGCACCAGUGACGACAGCUCAGCUUACCGCUCAGUGGACGAGGUGAACUACUGGGACAAGCAGGACCAUCCCAUCUCCAGGCUGAGACAUUACAUGACGACCCGCGGCUGGUGGAGCGAAGAUGACGAGAGGAGCUGGAGGAAGCAGUCCCGCAAGACGGUGAUGGAGGCAUUCGAGAGGGCCGAGAGGCGCCUGAAGCCCAAUCCCGAUUUGCUGUUCACAGAUGUGUACCAGGAGAUGACGCCCAACCUGGACAAGCAGAGAGAAUCCCUGUGGAGGCACGUGCAGCAGUACAAAGAGCACUACCCGCUGGACCUGUAUGACAAAUAAAUUACAAUCACAGGAUGGAAUGAGUUGUGAUUUGGUGAACAAAUAUGGGAGUGAGUCAGGAUUGAGAUUGGGAUAAACUGUUGCACACCUUUUACUAUACAUAAAGAUGUAGUUUUGAUAUGACGUGUCAAUUCUUUCUGCGCAAGGGAGAAUGAUUGUGCUUUCAAAAAUACUUAACUUCAUGCCUCUUGGUUUGGUGCCUUAAGUUAACAGAUUUACUGUCACUAGCGCAGCUCUUCUAUAAAUGCUAAAUCACACUUUUGUUUCACACCAUGGUUAUUUACAGCAAAAAAAAAACAGCUGGUGCAGUAUGAAUGCAUUAUGCAUAUAAAAUAACCAAAUCAAGCAAUAAACUGGGAGUUUACCUCUGUUGUCUAUCUUCCUUCUCCUGUAGCUGUCUUCUUCAGUGAUUAUGGUAUUUAACUGGUUUCCUUGUGUAUCAUUGAGAUGACUGAUUUCACUUUAACAUAUUAAAGAGCUUACCUGUUUUAAUGGUUUUUGCAUAUACAUCCAAAUAUUAGAUGGGUUUGUAUGCUCUAAUGCUGUUACACACUACACUAACUCCCAGAACUGUACACCCACCUAACCCAUGUUACAUGUUUGGUGUUUUGUGAAAAAUAAACUGAAGAACCUUCAA